AUGCAAGAACAAAGUAAUCCAUCAUCGCCUAACUUAAGCAGUAGCAUGACUCCAAAUACUGCUACAAAGACGUCAAAUAUAACAUUCACAAAAGAUCAACAAAAUGAUAUCUAUCAAUAUUAUGUCUCGUUGAAUGAUUUCUUCAAAGUUACAGGAUUAACUCGACCUAAUAGAUCAGCAUCCACUAGAGCUCAAAAAGCAAGAGCAAAACUAUUAAAAUUGUCAUCAUCUCAAUUUUAUGAAUUAAGUACAGACGUCUCUGAUGAAUUACAAAGGAGAAUCGACGAAAAUAAUACCACCAUUAGUAGUAACGGAUCCACAAGUAAAACGAAUAGUUUCUUGGCUCCGCGAUCUAACUUCCAUCUAAAGAGAAAUCAAGCUAGACAAAAAUUGGCUAACUUGUCACAAACAAGAUUCAAUGAUUUAGUAGAUGAUAUCCUUUUUGAAAUUAAAAGAAGAGGAUAUCAUAUAAAACCAGUUGAGGAAGAAGAGAAACCAAGUAAAGCGGAAGAAUUACAAUUAAAACCACCACUCUCACAUGCACAUUCACAAUCGCAAUCACAAUCAGCUUUACCAACGACAUCUAUCCAAUCAUCUCUGAUUAUACCUCAAAAGGCGUCUAUAGAUUGGUCUUCGGAGGAUGAUGAAGACGAUGCUGCAAAAAUUGGUCACAGUGGUGAUGAGGACAACGCUACGGUUGAUAAUAAUGAUCUUAACGAAACUAUAAACACGACAAGUAACGACACAGUGAAUACAGUGGAAAACUCAAAUCCCUUUAUGAAGGCUUUGGAAAAUGAAAUGGCUCUUAAUUCUAAGAUCGAUGAAACUUUUACAAAUGAGAAAUUCAAUAAUGAAGUUCAAUCAACAACCAACGAUAAUACCACACGAUCAUCUAUUGAUGAUGAUGCAUCAUCAGUUAAUAAAAUUGACCUAUCCAAGAAUGUGCUACCAACAAUUAUAACGGAAACCCCAACAAUAACUACUGGUUCUACGGAUCCUACACCGAAAGAAGACAACGUCUUUUCUAAAGGUUUGCCUGUUACUCCAUCUGCCGUAUUAUCUCCUGAAGAAAUAGAAGAUAACUCAAAUAGAUUAAUUGAAUUACAAUUAAAAAUAAAAUCAUUAACCAAUGAAUUAAGCUUAAUUAGACAUGAAAAUAAUACUUUGAAAAAUAAAGAUCAUAAUACAUCCAAGUUAAUUAAUGAACAAUUUGUGCAAAAAGAAUUGAUCAAUUUGAAUUCUGAAUUAUCUAAAUUAUCAAUUGAAAAUGAAAAUUUGAAGCAAAAUAUAUCUGAAUUAGAACUUAAAUUAAAAUCACAGUCAAGUCGAAGUUCAAGUAACGAUCAUACUCAAAUUAACCUAUUAAAUGAAAUGGCGAUAGAACCCUUCACAUCGAAAGACGGAUAUAUACCGAUUGACCUCAUUAAUACAUUAUAUUCUCAUAUAAAUUCUUUCGACAUAUCAUUAAAGCAAAAUACCAGUGGUCAACUGAAUAUGGGUACACAAUUAUUUAAAGAACUAUCAAAGAUAACUAACCUAAUAUCACACAUCAUUUCCACUGUAGAACUACCUCAAUUUAAUGAUCAAAUUGUCGUUCUAAAAGCAUCAUUAUCUCAUAUGAUUACAUCCACUAGGUAUUAUUCCAUCUUUGGACAUUUAUUACCAAAAAUUACAAUGUAUUCAGCCAUUUCCGAAAUCAUUUUUGCCCUUUGUAACUUAAUUAAAAUUGCAAAGAUAAGGCCUUCAAAUAACAAUAAGGCAAUAAAUCAUUUGAAGACUAGUGCUAGCGAAACAAUCACAAAGGAUACUUUGUCCACGAAUCCACUUGGAAGUAAAGAAAUUGGAGACAUAAAUAAUAAUGUUACCACUAACAAGACUUUACCUUUAAGCAAUGCAGAUAAUAUUAGCAAUACACCAUUAACUCCAAUUACUCCUAAUUUUGAGAAGCCAGGUUUCAACGCUACUGGUGACAUUACGGAAUUUUAUGAAGAUUCCCCCGUGAAACCGUUGAAAAUUGCUCAAAAACCACAUAAUAGUCCACUUUUAAACUCCCGUUCAAAUUCAAGACAACCUUCCAAUGCUGGAUUCUUCCCAAUAAAACCAGAUUCAAAAGCAUCUUCAUCAAAAAAUUUUAAUUCCUUAUCAUCUUUGAAUUUAUCAACAAUUGGAACUACUCCAACUCCAUCACUGAAAACUCAAGACCGAUCACUAAACGAUUCAGUUGAUAACCUCGACAAGAAAGACCUCAACGUGUCACAAUCAGAUGUUAACAAAACUCCAACUUCAUUUUUACCAGCAAAUUCUUCGGCAUCGUCCUCAUCAGUACCUCCUAUUAUAGAAGAUGAAGCAAUGAGUACAAACCCAAUAGUGACUAACCCAACUCAUACAAUGGAUAAUAAUGUGAAAAAAUUAUUAUCUCAACUCAACGAUGGAAAUAAUAGCAAUAAUAAAAACAUGGCUGUUCCAAAUGCUUCCGUUAUCCCACCAUCCAAAGUUUCAAAAGCUGAGAAACAAGAUAAUCAUGUUGAUAAUGCACAUAAAGAAACGAAUGAUAAUGUGCUUCCGAUAAUAGAGCUGAAACAACCUGUACCUGAUAUACCAAUAAGGAAAAAUAGAGGGAUCAAUAAUAGACUGAAAAGCGUUCCCGGGAGCCCUGUGAAAGCUAACUUUAGUGAGAAUGACUCUUCAAAUGUUGAAACAGUAAGGGACGACAGUAUAUCGACAGAUGCUCAAAAUGAUUUAAACGAGGAACAUACUAUAAUUGAAAAUGUUUUAACGGAAAUGGAACCAAAUAAAAAAGAUGAACAAGAAGAAGUACAACCAAACCAAGAAGUAAAACAUGAUAUACAACCAGAUAAUGACCAGCCAAAUACUUCUGAAACAGCCAACGACAUAUCGAAAAAUUCCGAACCAGCCCGAGUACCAGCAGUCGAAGCAAAAUCAGCCAAUAAAACAUCAGUAGUCGCACUGGAAUCAUCUGCUAAGGUUCCAAUCAAAUCAGAAUCGCAAAAUAACGAGCCAGUCAACCACGAUUUGCUGAAUGAAGCGGCAACCCAGAAGGAAUUGUUCAAUGAAGCACCAAUUAAAAAAGAGGUACCCAACGAAGCACCAACUGAAGGCGAGUCAUUCGAUAAAACUUUAAUCCAAAAAGAAUCAUCCGCUAAACAUCUAACUGAAGAAGUAAUAGGGUCUCUGGAACAAGGAAAUGAACCUAAGAUACCGCAUGAUGAUCAUACGUCAACCUCUCCAAUUGACCUCCAUAAUGAACCAAUAGAUUUAGAAGGACCAGCAUUACAACCUAAAAUAUCAGAACAGCACGGAGAUAAUGCUGAGAACGAAGAUGGAGUAGUGCAUAAGGACAAUAUUCCAGAUAUAAUACCUCAUUCAUCACCACUACCAAAGGAAGUUGAAGACGUACUUGAAAAAUCUCCACGACAAGUACCAAACAAGAUAGAAAGCAAUACUGCGAGAUCGAUUGAUUUAUCAUCGUUAUCAUCAUCAUCGAAGUCCUCAGUGGAAUCAGUUAGGAGUACUGAAAAAGAAGGACCCCUAGUUGAGGAACAAAUACAGCGUCCUCAAAAGGCAGAAGAGACCAACGCUGUUGCAGAAUCUCAAGAUGAGGAAAUUAGCAUAGAAGAAGUUCCUCAAAUUGAAAAGGAAGAAAAUAUUCUUUCUGUUUCACCUUUUAAAGAGGAUAUACAUAAGGAGGAAAAAUCAGUGGAAACAUCAGAGGAAGAAUCUGAAGAGGAAUCUGAAGGAGAAGGAGAGGAAGAAGAAACUAACGAUGAAAAUGAUAGUUAUGAGUUUGUGCCACUAGAUCAUAAAGUUAAAGACGAAAAUGUUGCUAAAAUAGGAACUGAUUUUGAUUCUGAUACUUCAAGUGAAGAAGAAGAUGACGACGAAGAAGACGCGCCAGAAGAUGAAGAUGACGACGAAGAUGAUGAAGAGGAAGAAGAUGACGAGGACGAGGACGAGGAAGACUUUGACGUAGAUGCAUUUGAUAUUGAAAAUCCCGAUAAUACAUUAUCGGAGUUAUUAUUAUAUUUGGAACAUCAAACCGUUCAAGUGAUAUCUACCAUUCAAUCGUUAUUAUCUUCAAUUAAAGAGCCAGAAGCCACUAAGGGUGACUUAAGAACAGAAUCCAAUGCAAUUAAUCAAGUUAUUAAUCAAAUGGUUGAUGCCACCAGUAUAUCUAUGAAUCAAAGUCGUAAUGCCAAUUUAAAGAAACAUGGUAUUUGGGUAGUUCAAAGUUUAGAAGAUUGUGGUAGAAGAAUGACAGUAUUAUGUCAAUUAAACCGUGACGGGGUAUUAAUUAAGAUGGAGAAAAGUGAUGGUGAUUAUGCUGAUAAACAUUUCAAACAAAGGUUAGCUGGGAUUGUCUUUGAUGUUGCCAAAUGUACCAAAGAAUUGGUCAAGACAGUUGAAGAAGCUAGUUUGAAAGAAGAAAUUGAUUAUUUAAAUUCCAGAUUGAAUUAA